AUGUAGUAUAAAACAAGGAAAUACUAAAAAAAGUUGAAAUAGUAUUUCCGCUAGAACAAUAUGAAUGCAAAUCCUUAAGCAUCAGAUCGUAAGCCCUCUUCCUAAACAUAAAUGUGUCUAUUGAUGAAGCAAUUAAAAACUAAAAAAUGA